AUGUGCAAGGAUGCCCCUUGGCGAAGUCGUCGUCGUCGCCUCCGCCGCACAAUUAUUACUUCAACUUUUCAUUUGGGUCUCGCCACUCUGCGCGGUUUUUCCUGGAGUCUGAAGUCUGGAGGUGCUGCAGGAUACCCAGGAUACUCCUGGCCAUGGCUUGUAAUUUCGCUUCCUGCGUCUCAUUUUUCAUAUUUCACCGCUUUGAGUGCCAUUUGGCAAACUGUAAGAACUGGAAACGGCAAAAGGCGACUGGCCAACAAGGGGCAAAGGAUUGGAAUGGGGGAGUGUGGCACAUGUUCUUGUGCCAAAUGACAAACCUCAAAGUGGAUUCUGGACGGGGGUUUCUAGAUAAAGAUUUUGACCGCCAUAACAAGGGUCAGGUCUUUAUAG